AUGGAAUACACCGAUUUUUUCUCAAUGUUUACGAGUAUCAUAGAUAAGGAUCCUGAUCUCACGAAUGUCGAGAAGCUGCAGCAUUUACGUUCAUCUCUAAAGGGCCCAGAGCAGGAUGCAAUCCGUUCAUUGGAGAUGACAGGCAACAAUUAUGCUGUGGCUUUAGAUUUGCUUCACAAACGAUUUAACAAUAAGCGUCUUAUUUUCCAGGCACACAUCACUGAGGUUAUGGGCAUCAAAAGGAUGGACACUUCGUCAGCGGUGAAGCUUCGGGAGUUAUCAGACAAGGUAAAUGCAAACCUUCGCGCAUUACAGACUAUUGGAAAUUCGGAGCAAAUAGCAGGGUGCAUAAUCGUGGACACUCAUCUGCAGAAGUUUGACAGUGCUACGCAGACCAAGUGGGAGGAUCUCAUACCCUCAUGGGAGCAGUUUACAACUUUCCUGGAGAAGCGUUGUCAAAAACUGGAGAACGUAGGACACUCUAUGGCAGCAUAUACGAGUGGCUCUCAGGUGGGAAAAAACAGUAGAAUCACUAACCAUAGUAGAAAAUCGUUUAUCACUACUAACGCUUCACCCAAUGGCUGUGUUUUCUGUGCCAGCACAGACCACGCUAUAUAUGCAUGCACGCUUUUUGCAAAUUUGUCGCCACGACUCCGUCUUGAGGAGGCCAAGAAACUGGCCUUGUGCUUAAACUGCCUCAGAAAAGGCCAUCAACUUCGAACGUGCAAUGCUGGCUUAUGUCGUGUAUGCGGAGCCAAGCAUCACAGCCUAUUACAUAUUGACUCCACUAAAUCACAAAGCGCUCCCUCUGCAGUGCAGGGUACCUCACCUUCGCAAGUAACAUCGGAAGACCCUUCGCAAACCGUUUCAACUUCAGUGGCACAUCACUCUUUGGUUGCAAUCGCACAAAGACCGUCAGCUGCCACAUCGGCCCAGAAUCUCAGUCCUAAUGUUGUGCUUCUGGCCACUGCUGUAAUCAAUGUAAAGAACAACUCUGAUACAUGGGUGCCAUGUCGUGCACUGCUCGACUCCGGAUCGCAGGUGCAUAUUGUUACAUCCCGUCUCGCUCAUCAAUUGCAGUUGCGCAAAACCAAGUCUACCACAUGUGUAUCGGGUCUUGGUGAUGCCAACUUCGCCUCUGAUGGUUUUACUAUCAACAUUGUUAUUCAGUCUCAAAAUUCGGAGUAUUCCACUUGCAUUACAGCGUUGGUUGCUCCUAACAUUACGAACUAUUAA